AUGCAUCAGUCUCACGGCGGCAACACGUAUUUGCCAUUCCAGGACCUCGUCGCCGUGGAACAAGUGGAUGAGAGGACUUUCCGAUCGAUAGCCUUGCCGUUUCAGCCUGGUGGCGCAGUGGGCAAGAAAAGGGCAUAUGGAGGACAUGUCUUCAUGCAGGCAGCUUGGGCAGCGUGCCAUACUGUAGCAGACGGCUUCGUGUUGCAUAACGUGACUGGGAACUUCAUCUUGCCGGGCUUGACAGAUAUACCAUUCAUCUAUAAGGUUCACAUUAUCCGAGAUGGUCGAUCGUACUCGACACGGAUCGUCAACGUCACACAGGCCCGAGGGAAGGGCAUCUGCUUCACUUGCACCUGCUCGUUCAAGAACCCUGAGACCUCGCCCCUUGACGUUCAGGAAAGUGUGAAUAUAUGGGAGAAGUACAGCUCCAUCUUGUCUGGCAAGAAGCCUAGCGACUUCGAGGAAUGUCCUGGUAUGGAUGUGCCAUGGUACUGGAAGCGGCGGAAGGAGACUGGAGUCAAUGAGCCUUUUCCCGGCCUGCAAAUGCACAAGGUCGACAUGGAUCGUUACAACGAGCCACUACAUCCCUUGGAUCGGCGUCAGCUGAUCAUGUAUCGGACGCUUGAUAAUCUUCCUCGAGAUCCGAAUCUUCAUCUUUGUGCCCAUCUAUAUGCAUCGGACCGAAACAGUCUUUUCAUAGUUGCCAAUCACCUGGACAUGGGCGAUACAUGGACUCAGAUGGGCACCCUGGCGCACACGGUUAUAUUCCAUGCUGCUAUGAACGACCUAUGGUUCGGCCCAUCAACGUCCCAAGAUUCCCCACUUGACAGCCUGGAUGGUCGCUGGUAUUGUAAGGAAGACUGGUCUGAUCGUGCUGGCUCGGGACGUGCGAUGUUUCAUAGCAAAGUCUGGGCGGCAAGUGGUCGGCAUGUUGCAACUGUCGUGCAAGAUGGUAUGAUCAGACUCACGAAAGACCCUGUGGCCACUGAAGACGAACGGCGAGCGCUGAAGAAAUUGGAAACCGCUUGGAAGCCUAGGCUUUGA